AUGUUUGGAAGUCUGGGAUUCGGAUCUAAUUCCGGCGGUGGGGCCUUUGGAACCAGCGGUUUCGGGGGUGCUUCUGCUGGAGGAGCAGGGAGGGGCGCGUUCGGCGGCCUGGCCCUGCUGGGUGGAGCGUUUGGCCAGAGUGGUUUUGGUCUGAGUGGAUUCGGACUGAGUGGAUUUGGCGGGGCCAGCCAGAGUGGAGGAGCAUUUGGUAGCUCCGGCAAUAGUGGGUCGCUGGGAGCGUUUGGCUCGGGCACUUCUGGAAGCGGAGCCUUUGGCAAUGCGGCUAAGCCUAGCGGAGCCUUCGGCAGUGGUGGUUUUGGCAAUUCGGGAACACUGAAUUCUGCAUUUGGAGCUUCCAAUACUGGUUCUGCCUUUGGAAAACCGGCGACUACCUCAGCCUUUGGUCAAUCGAGUGGAGGCAGCGCUUUCGGAAGCACUUCUCUGGGAGCGUUUGGUCUGACAAACACCGGAGGUAGUGCAUUCGGAGCUAAUACCUCAGGAGGAGCGUUUGGAGCUAACAACACAUCGGGGGGAGCAUUUGGGGCUAGCAACACAUCUGGAGGAGCAUUUGGAGCCAAACCAUCGGGGUCAGCAUUUGGCUCUACCCCAGCGGCAUCAUCUCCGUUUGGCGCUACCACGCAAAAGGCUAACCCUUUCGCUACUAAUGCUACCGCUGCCAAAUCCAACCCGUUCGGUUCUUCGACGAGUCUGCCAUUUGGUAGUAGUACUCAGUCAAAUGCUUUUGGUUCAUCACAAGGCGGUGCUUUUGGUGGUGCUUCCUCAACAACGCUGGCAUUUGGCAAUUCUACUGCGAAAUCGCCAUUUGGUCAAGCACAGUCUUCGACAGGCAGCGCUUUCGGCCAGACUAAUACUUCUGGCGGGGCAUUUGGUAACGCGAACAAGUCUGCAUUUGGCCAGCUGACGCCUGCGGCUAACCCAUUCGCUCAAAAUCUGGGAGGAGCGUUCGGAUCAUCGGGUUUUGGCAAUAAAUCCGCCAAUAACACUACCACAAGUGCAUCUCCAUUUGGUAGUCAACCGGCAGGAAACUCUCCUUUCGGAGGCACAAACGCUACUACCACCAACUCUGGCUUUGGUCAGCCAUCGAAUUCUCCGUUCGGUGGGGCUACAAACAAUAACACAUCAACCUUUGGCCAAAAACCUGCGACCACUCCGUUUGGAGGACAGUCUACAACAUCAUCAUUCGGCCAACCCCAAGCCACUCCUUUUGGCCAGUCACUGGCCGGAACUGGUUUUGGUCAAUCGGCACCGUCAACCUCAUUUGGAGCAUCACAGCCAGCAGGAUCAACUCAAGCCAGAACUGCUCCCACCGGUAAUAACGUCGAUGCCGGCGAUCUACCUCCUGAAGUUAUCGCCGAGUUCCAGGCAGUACUGUUUACAUUGGGCAAGAUUCCCGAUAUUCCACCCCCUCCCCAACUAAUGGCCUAA